AUGGUAAUCUGGCAGUGCAAUCCUGUUUUCGCAGCCUGGCAACUGGACUUAAAGAACGCUCAGUGUCUGAGUAUUUCAGAUGUGGCGUACGCUAACGCUGCCGUCAAUAUCGCCACUGAAGCAGUUAUUUUAGUCCUGCCAUUGCCCAUGCUGCAUACCUUGCGUAUUGCAGGGAGAAAGAAGGUGGCACUCUACGCACUAAUUGGUGCCGGUUUGUUAGUUAUAGGUAUUGCUUCUGCUCGCAUUCCUACUCUGUCUCACAUCGCAACCAUGGAUGAUCCAACAUACAAUAAUGUCCCCGCUUAUCUUUGGACUUGUUCCGAAUUGAUUACUGUAAAUAUCUGCGCGGCUGCACCGGCAGUUCGCUCAGUUACAUCAAGGGUUAAGAAGGAAAUCAGGACCAUUGGAGGCUCGCAAUCGUCCCGCAACCAGUCGGGAAGUGGGAGGGUAAGAUUCGCAGGCGUCAAAGUGCUCUCCUUGGAAUCAAAUUCGCAGCAAGAGAGCAUACCUAUAGUGCACGUAUUCAAAACUGGGGGCAUUGAAGAGCAGGCGGGAAAUGAUUGCACCGAGGAGAAGCUGAUGGAUAUCAAGAUCAACUGGAAUGUCUCGACGCCUCGAAGACAGUCUACAGUUACCAAUACUAUCAUUAACCCUAGACCCUCGUGGGAGUCCAAACCGCUGCCAAGCUUACCACAUUCUUCUUCUCGGCAGAGUUUGUCUCCGAGCGAAUAUGAACAGAACGCAACCGAACAAAGGUAG